CGACCGGCUGCCUGUGAACGCACAGGCGCCUCCUCCUCUCGCAACUCGCUCGGCCACAGCUCAGCCACAGCCACAACGCAGCCGCCGCUAGCCGACGCUGACUCUGACGCUGUCGUUGACCAUUCAUGAGAGCGGCCCUGUUCACGGGGUGAUGCAGCUACGGUGGAUCCUGUUGUUGCUGGUGCUGCCGGCGGCGGCGCUGGCGCAGGCGCGCGGCGACAGCCUGCAGACGGCGCUGGACGCGGUGACGCGCCGCCAGAGGGACCUGACGCUGCCCGCGCGGCCCUCCGGCUACUACGCGCUCAGCCAGUACCGCCACCAGGCGGCGCCCGCCACCGACGACGACAUUGCUUUCCUCGACACCGGCAGAGACUUCACAGGUUAUGGACAACCAGAAAAUAUUGGUGCUGGCUACCAAAAGACCAUAUCUUCAGGAGCUGCAGCUUACCCUGCAGUGCUGUCAGAUGUUCCAGUCCAUCCGCCACCAAAUCAGCUAGAAAAUAUGCUACUUGAUUACAUGAAAGAUGCUUACGUAAAAGAUGGUAAUGAUGAAGAAGGAAAUUACUAUCAGUAUGGAAUGGAUACUGAUGCUAAACGCUCACUUUUCAGAGAGAGAGAAAAUGAUGACAGUGGUCAAGAUGUAGAAUAUCAUCAAGUCUUACCUACAUACUAUGACAGCGAAAAUAAGCAAGAAAAUGUUUUACUACCUUCAUUAUUUCGAGAAAGAUUUCUUACUCGGCCAGAAAUUGACCAGGUUGUUGAACUGGAGAAUAUGAGACGCUAUGCAGCAAAAGCCAUAGCAAAGCAACUAGAAACUGAUGAGGAAGAAAAACUGGAGAACAAAAGGAAUAAUGAUGAAGAGGAAGAAUAUCUUUCACUCCUUCGUAAUCUAUGGGAAAAGUAUAAAGAAACGAAACCUCAGCUUCUAGAUUUCGAUGAUCUUACACAAAAUGAUAUUCAGGAAAUACUGUCUUCUUUAAGGAAUGAUAGGUCCAGUUUGCAUAAAAGACAAUAUGGUUAUGGCUCAGGAUUUGAUAUUUUUAAUAAUGCAGGACUUAUGGGUCAGUGGGGAACUGGUUCAAACAAUUUUGCUAAGCGAAAUAAGCAACGUGUUGAAGGUCCUGGCCAGCAGGGAGCGAACUUCUUAUACUCCCUAAAGUUUGUGGCUCCAGAGGUAAACCGUGAAGCAGUUGAAACUCUCAAAGAUAAUGAAGGUAUUGAGCUACCUGAUGAGCGAGAUGAAGAUGUACUGCGUUUAGCAUCAGGAUUUGCAAGAAAUAACCCUGAAGACUUGAUGCAAAUAUAUGGCAGACCAGCUACUAUGGAUGAAAUUUACAGUCCAAAUCAGGAAACGUAUCAAACAUUAUCUUUAGAAACACCAGAUAUUGGUUCCAGAGCAACUUCUACAAAACACUUUUCUUCUCUUGCAAGGGAUGUCAAUGAAUACCAGCAACUUUCACCUCCUAACUAUAUGGUAAUUCCAGAAAGGACUUCAAAUAAGAGAUUCAUCUAUGAAGCUAAAAGGAAACGUUAUCCUGUAACAAAACGCAGCUCAAACUUUUAUGCAAGUCCACCUAUGCUCCAUCACAAGUCAUUCAACUCUGAAGGAAUUAAGGACACUAAUAAGAAGAAAAGUUCUCCUAUAACAGGUGUUACAGACCCAAAGGUCGCCCAGGAAUUAAAUCAAAUAUUCUCAUCAUCUGCUACUCAUGAUGAUUCACCUAAGGCCAGUGAAAAGAAAGUAGAUUCAGGAACUAAUUCAAAGGUGACAACUUCUAAAGACCCAAAAGAUCCAAACCACGAGACAACCACAACUCAUUCAGUCACAACAGUGAGUGUGCAAGAAAAUACCCAAAACAAUGACACAGAAACAGGUACCAAAUCUGCCCAUAACAGAACAUCAGGACCUAGAGAAGAGGGUAAUCAUAAAUCACAUGCCCAUGGAACAUCUUUACAUAUGGAAAAAGAAACUGCAGAACCAAUAACAAUGAGUAAGAUCCAAACACCUUUGGAAAUUAAGAAAAAAUCCAUUGAUUGGUCAGAUUAUUUUGGCAUUGACAGAAGACGUAAGAAAACUGCACCUGAGACUGUAGAGACAAAAGAUGGUGAUGGCAACAUGAUUGAUGAUAAUUGGUUACUAAAUCAAUAUUACAGAACUCUUGCAAUGGUUUCAAAUCCCUUAAAGAAACGAAUGGCAUCACAUGGUCAUGCAAAUUCUCCUAAUAACAAUGACAAUAAAAGAGACACUGGGAAACAACAAGCUUACAGUACAGACAUAUUUUCAAGAAGUUCUCAAAGAGAAGCUACCAAGAAGAGUUUGAAUACAAAAGAAGAUACAAGUAUUGACGACAUGGAUACAAAACUUCGAAAUAUGGAAGACCUCAUUGUAAAUGAAGCAGUAAAGUACACAGGUUCACAUGAGGGAACCCAAGAUCCUAAGGAAAUUCAGGAAAUGAAAGAUAAAAUUAUGUCCCGAUUGGCCGCAGCAUAUAGUCUAGAGAAAAUGAGAUUGGCAUUAGCUGAAUUUAAAUCAAGCCUGCAGGCCCAGAUGAUGUCAAAAUAUAAUCCCGCAAAUCUAAAAUCUUCGUUAUCUAAUGAUAACACUCAGGAAGAGAGUAAAAUGAAGCGAGUGGCUGUGAAAAAGGAAAAAGCUGAAGAUGACAAACAUAAUGACGAUGGUGAUAAAAAGAAAAAGAGAAAUGGUAUUAAAAACGACGCUGAGGAAGAAACAUCAGGUGAAUUUUUAGAUGGACCAGUUGAUGUGGAGCCAAUGUCAGAAGGCUAUAUGGGAAGAUCUUCCGACGAUUAUGAAACUGGUUGCCCUGUUUUGGAUCAAAUCUUACAAAAGUGCAGAAGCAUUGGUUAUGCAUCUGAAGACCAUAACCAAGUUUUUUUGAGUCUGUGCAGCCUACAUCAAAUUUGUAAUAUUUGUGGACCUGAAGUAGGAGCGCCUUCUUCAUCAGCAUGUGACUUAAUGUUCAUCACAGAGGCUGAUUCAAUUUGUGAAGAGGAAAUUAAAUGCCAGAGAAUGUCUCACCGAAUCUUGACACUCCUGCAUAGAGGUCAUCCUAUGGGCAUCACUGGAAUAUCUACAGAUCACUGUUCCAAUGAAUCAUGCCUAGCACAAUAUUUUCUUACAUCACCUUUACCCAACAACCAACCCCGAUAAAUUCAUGACCUGGAAUGUUAAUGUUCUCUAUAAUUUUUCCCCAUAGAGUUACACACAUGAGUUGUGCAAAUGUUGCUCUUGAAGAUUUAGUUUAGUAAAGAGAUUUCUGUAUAUGCGGAAAUCGUAAUAUGUGUUAUAUACCAUAAAAUAUUUACAAGACAAAGUAGUAGGUAGCAAAGCUGCACAAAAUGUAUUAAAGAACUUUUGAAGAAGAAAAUUAUUAUGAUUAUCUCUCCAAAAGUUAAUCAUAAACAAAACACAAGUGGUGUAUUAUGAAAUACAAUUUAUUUAGCAAGUGGCAUAUAGCUGCAAGCAGAAUAAUUAAGUUGUCAAACUGCAUUCUGUGGUAUAUGAAGGCCCUCUUACUUAGAGGAAAAAAUUGUGGACUUGCAUGUAAAUGAAAAAUUGUAAUGUGAUUACCUACACUGAUAGUACUGCAUGAACAUGUAACUGAUGCAGUAAAAUAUAUGUCAAUGAAGUAUGCUUUACAACAGAAGUGUAAAAUUAAACUAAUGCCACUAACUACAGUCAUGUGGAGCACUAUCUUCCACAACAAUGGAAAUGAGCAGCAGGAUUCAUGUGUAGUAACCUCUAUACUUUGUCUAAUACCUCUCCUGAAAUUGUACACUGAUUGACAAUUGUGUCUGUUAAUUUUCUCUUUUGUAUGUUGUUUUGUUAAUAACAGCACUAGUAUUAAAGAGAAACUGCUUCUUACAGCUUCUAAAUACUGAAAAGCAUUGUUGAAGAACCCAGGGUUUUAAUGCCGUUUAAUCAGUGUUUCGUUAAUGGAGUUUAAAUUGUAUUAUGUUUUUUUUUUGUUAAUUUCCUCCCACUUCUUUUUGUAUGUUGGUUUGAGAAUUUUUUAUGGAAGAAUGAAAAGCUUCAUAAUUUAAUUCAUCAAAUUUAUGACAUUUAAAUAUAUGUAAGGACUUUUAUUAUUGUCUUGUGAAUAAAAAUAUUCAUUAUAUCCUUAACAGACCUAUGUGGAUGUAUUAAAAAAUGGUUGAUUGAUAGAUACAUCUUAUUUUAUUUUAUUUUCAGUUUUAUUUUUACUUAAGUGGUUCAUCUUGCUUUGAAAAAUAGAUGCAUGAUACAUUGCCUAUUUCCUCAAUUGAGUUAUCAAUGUACAUGAUAUAUAAUCAUAACAUUUGUACCAAAACACAAUCAGUGCACAGCUGAUGAAUUGUGAUGGAUAUAAUAUUUGUAAGAUGACAGAAAUGAAAAAAUAUAUAUAUACUUUGGUAAAUGAUUAAAAUUAAAAUCAUAAAUGAAAUCUGUGCCCUGUUACAGCUGUCUGUAAUGUACCAUGAUGCAAGAGAUGAGGCUUAUAAUUAUGUGAUGCUCUGAGCCCAAUAAAAAUGAAGUUAAGUACUUAUCAAUUCUAAUGUGGUCCAUCUGCCUAGAAGAUACAGCUUAUGACAGCUGAAGAUGGAAUGAUAUCCUACAUGUGCAAGUGUUAUCACCCUGUUUCAACCCUGAAAAUAUACUUCUAUGACAAUAAGUCGUUUCUGAGAAGAAAUAAAUAUAAUUUUGAAGCAA